AGCCGAGCGCCAUCGCCCAACUUUGAGAGGAGAGCUAGCAUAUCAUCGACCUAUUCCAACGAGAACCCCUUUGCUUCCAAGCCAAGCUCGAUCAAGAGUGAUCCUUUCGCAACAGAAAACAACACGCCUCGCGGAUCAUUUGAUGGGCCACCUCAGCAACCUCAACCUGUACACCAUGCUAAGCACAAGCGGAAGAACACUCUGCAGUCAGUGGUUGAUGGUAUCAUUCCUGGUUCUUUGCAACGUCGUAUGACUAACGCGUCUUACUUCCAACGGAGUGAGUUGUUCGGCACCUACGAGAAGGCCAAGAAGAAAGGCAUCGAGAUUCAGCGCAAGCCAUGGGCACAGAACACUUUCGAGUACAGCUUGUACCUCGUCAUGAUUCUCUUCAUCUACUUUGUGCUUAUUGGUAUGCCGCUUUGGAGGGGUGCAGUCUGGUGGAUGUACUGGGUUGUCCAGACCAAGUUUGUCCUUCCUGGUGGAUUCGGUAUCACUCUUGGCAUUGCGCUAUUCUACGCCUUCGCUCCUCUUCUUAUCCUCUUCGAGAAGGACCCUCCGCCUGCCGACUUCACUACAGAAACCAAGUACAAAUCCACUGUUGAUGACACUUGCCUCAUGAUCCCUUGCUACAAGUCUGCCGGACUCAUUGCCAACACUCUAGAGGCUGCCUUGAAGAUCUUCCCUGCGUCUCACAUCUUCGUCAUUGCCAAUGGAAACAGCCCCACGCCACUCGACAACACGGAAGAGGUCUGCCGCCCUUACGGAGUCAACCACAUCUGGUCGCCUAUUGGAUCAAAGAUUGUUGCCCAGUUUGUUGGCUGCUACGCCGCAAAGGGGUUCAAGAACGUCUUGCUCAUCGAUGAUGACUGUGCCCUUCCCGAUAACUUCCCCAUCGUCACUGACCGCAUGACUGACAAAGUCAAGUGCAUUGGUUACACCAUCAAAUCCGUCGGACCUAACGGCUCCAAGGGAAACCUUUGCCAACAAGCCCAGGAUCUUGAGUACAAGCUUAGCGGUAUCCAGCGUGAAUUUGCCGGCAAGGUCGGUUCUGCUACUUUCCCCCACGGCGCCAUCUCCCUCUGGGACCGUGAACUCCUCAUCAAGACUUUCCACGAGCACCCCGGUUUUAGUGUAUCAGAGGACUGGUUCUUCGGUCACGUCGCCCGCCAGCUUGGUUCUCGUAUCAAGAUGUGCUCGCAAGUCUUCGUCGAGACCGAGACCCCCACUGCUGUCUUCUUCGCUGGCGGCGGCUCUCGCGGUGGCUUUGGUGAAAUGACCAUCUUCUCUCAACGUUUCAAGCGCUGGAACUUCUUCUUCGUCAACGGAAUGUACUACAACAUGGCCUACAUCCUCUGCGACUGGAAGCUCGGCUGGUGGGAGAUUGGUGCUAAGAUCUUUGUCUUCCAAGAGGUCUACGAAACUCUCCUUUACCUGCUGACCCCCUUCAUCCUACCCAUCUCCUUCUACGUCCGCCCGGACUUCUGCGGUUACCUCCUCGUCGCCACAAUCGUCAUGUACGCCAUCAACGUCAUCAUCUUCAACGAAGUCCAUCUCCGCCGCAAGAACGAGCGCGUCGGCUGGGUUCUCCUCUACGUCUACUACCUGCCCUACAAGAUCGUCCUCACCUUCGUCAACGUCGCAAGCUGCUACUGGUCACUCUACAAGUACGCUCGCUACUUCGCCAAGCGUCACCCCAAGGUCAUCGAGGACGAAAAGGCUGUCGAGGUCGUCAUUCGCCUUGAAGAGGACCAGGCCUCUAAGCAGGGCGGUCUGGGCCGUCGCCUUACGGUGCGCACGGUUGCUGGUCGCCCCAGUGUCGAGGAGCAGGAUGAUGAC